AUGAGUCGGAUAAUAAUUGCGUGCGCAGUUUUGUCGGUUGCUGCGGCAGCCGUCCUCCCUGAGGAUGCUCAAGCUCAGAUAGUGGACUACGUUAAUAAUAAUGAUGGUGCUGGCAACUACAACUUCAGGUUCGAGACUUCCAAUGGAUUGAAACGCCAAGAAAGUGGCGUUGUCUUCAACCAGGGACAGGAAGAUGAAUAUAUUCAAGUUCAAGGAUCAUACUCUUACAUAGAUACCAAGGGAAGACUCGUUAACGUCAUUUACCGUGCUGACAGAGAUGGUUACCAUCUCCAAGAAAAAGAUACUGGACUGACCAUGACCGGUUUUCAAGCAUCCCCUGGUCUUCCACCAGCUGCAAUAGCUUCAUUGUUAGGCAAAUAA